AUGAAGGAAACUGUGAUCUAUAAUGAAAAGAAGCCGCCUACAGCAAAUGAUGAUUACUAUGAUGAUGAAAUCUCAGAGACUACAUGGAUUGUAAAAAUAGGCGAUAAAAAUGUAACUGACAAGGAUAUACUGAAUUACAUCACUAAACAGGCUAAAAAUCAAGAUUUAUUUAAAAAUAUUCUUACAAAUAAUAACACUAAUGAUUCAGAUAAACAUGAAAUAGAGACUGAAACAUCUUGGUUCACAGCACCGAAGACUGUUCAUAAACUAACUGAUAAGAAGGUUGACAAAUUUUUGGAUAAAGAGGCGAACUUAAAUCAUAUUCUAAAGAUGUUUUUACCAACAAAUGAGCCAACUAAACAACCAAAAGGAAAAGUGAUAUCAAGAAGAAUAUGGUACUCUGAUGAUUUCGAAAAAGAAUUAAAUGAGUUGGAUAUCACUGGGAUAUUAAAGAAUUCAACUGAGUUGAACAAUCUAUUUGAAAAACAUCUAAAGACCUCUUCAUCCUUAAAAAGUGGCAAGGAUUCCUCCGAAAGUUCAACUAAUUAUGAAGAUGAAACCAAAGAACCAUAA